UCCGCAAUCUAUUGCUCCACUCAAAACCCAAGCUCUCAGUUCCUCACAUCACUCAUAACAUACGAGUCCUUGUCUCUCCUGAAAAAAAAUAUAAAAGAAAUUGUUCCGGCGCGGGAAAACACCACCGAUGACCGUUCCGGCGAAGGGUGUUGAUUGAUUAAGCCGAGGCUUUGGGACUGGAGUUUGGGCUUUGCAUGGUGUGAGUUUGGCUUCUUGUAUCAGUAGGAUUGGAGAGAGUGUACCAGUUGGAGUUUGGAGUGUGGGGAAGCUGAGAUUUUCGGUGUCGGAGCGGCUACCGAGCCUCUUCUGAAAAUGUCUUUCCAACCCAAAAGCUUUUGGAUUCCAAGAGAUGCUAGCUGUCUAAAUGAUGGAGAGAUGGGCUGUGAUAAUUCUUCCAGGGUAGAAUCAAAGCGUGGUCACCCAUGGUAUAUGGAUGCCAAUGGACCAGAUCUGUUCAACAACAAGAAGCAAGCAAUGGAGGCUGUUGAUGGCAGGCCAGCGUCAAGAGCUCCAAACUUGGCCGUUGCCCCGUGGGAUAACACUUCUGGGUUUCAGACAGUUCCAGGGCAGUUCACUGACCGCCCUUUUGGACAAGAGCCUGGACGGACAGUUAACUUAGUUGAUAGAAACAUUCAGUCUCUUGGCAGUGGAACUAUAAAUUUUGGAAGAAAAGGGUUUCAGAAUCAAUAUGGCAAUGAUCAGUCAGUGGAUUUGUCAAUGUCCCACACCAUCGAAGAUCCUUCAUCAUGUCUCAGUUUUGGUGGAAUCAGAAAAGUGAAAGUUAAUGAAGUUAAGGACUCUGAUAAUGCCGUGUCUGCAUCUAUGGGGCACUCCUACAGAAGGGGAGACAAUAAUACAAUUUCAAUGUGUACUACCUAUACCAAGAGUGAUGAAAACAUCAUUUCAUUAAGUCCACCUUACAAUGCUGACGAGAAUGCCAUCUCAUUAGCGACUACUUUUAAUAAGGCAGAUGACAAUUUCAUCUCAGUUGGUCAUACUUUUGGCAAGGGAGAUGACACUUUCAUAUCGAUGGCUCAUAAUUACAGCAAGGGUGACACUCGUAUGUUAUCAAUGGGUCAGCCCUUUGAGAAGGAGAAUGGAAGUUUUAUGUCAAUUGGUCAGUCAUAUGAAAAGGGAGAUGGCAGUUUCAUAUCAUUAGGUAACUCCUACAACAAAGUGAAUGAGAAUUUCAUUUCUAUGGGUCCAGUAUAUGGUAGAGGAGACGAUAAUUUGAUCUCAGUGGCUCCGACCUAUGAUAAGCAUGCUGAUAGCACUAUAUCAAUCGGUCUGACCUAUGACAAGGCUGAUUCGAAUAUUUUGCCAAUGGGUCCUCCUUAUGAUAAAUCAGAUAGAGAUCUACCUAUGAGUCACAGUUACAAUAAGAAUGAGAGCAAUACCAUAUCUUUUGGUGGUUUCCAUGAUGAAUCUGAGACAAACCCUUCUGGUGGGAUCAUCAGUAGCUGUGGUUUGUUGACUUGUAAUCAGAACACACCAGCUCACGCAUCGGAAGAAUCUGGUGUGAGAGGUUCUGAUCAUCCUGUUGAGACGAAGAUGGAUGCACAUGUAGAUGACACUGUGAAAGUUGACUCCAAAACUGUUAAUAUUCCCAGAGUAAAAGAGCCAAAGACUAAGAAAGCUCCUCCAAACAACUUUCCUUCGAAUGUCAAAAGUUUGUUGUCAACUGGUAUGUUUGAUGGUAUUCCUGUGAAGUAUUCUUCCUGGUCACGGGAGAAAAACCUAGAUGGAAUUAUCAAAGGGACUGGGUAUCUAUGCUCUUGUGCUGACUGCAAUCACUCAAAGAAUUCUAUCUUUCAGCCUCUUAAUGCUUACGACUUUGAGCGCCAUGCUGGUGCCAAGACCAAACAUCCCAAUAAUCACAUCUACUUUGAGAAUGGAAAGACCAUCUAUGCAGUAGUUCAAGAGCUGAAGAACACUCCUCAGGACAUGCUCUUUGAUGCCAUCCAAAAUGUGACAGGGUCUCAGAUUAAUCAGAAGAACUUCCGCGUCUGGAAAGCAUCAUUCCAAGCCGCCAGCCGUGAACUUCAGCGUAUCUAUGGAAAUGAAGUUGCUAUACCAUCUUGAAAUGAGAAUCUUCCUGAUCCUAUUAAUGUUUUAGGGUAGCUUGAGAUUUGAUCCAUGGAUAGCAGUGCUUAUAGUAAAUUAUAGACUGGAAUUUGGGUAUAUUUGGAUUUUGAACUUUUGGAUGUUUACAGGUAUUUGGCUAUCAGUUUUUAAAUUAAAUCUAGUUUGGAUUUGGACAGUUUAGUAA